AUGGAUCCUCAUAAAUUGGAAAAAUUAAAAGAAAUUUUUAAAGAGGUUAUCAGUAUCUAUGCAAGAGGGAAACCUUACAUUUGUGAACUAUGUAAUAGGUCAUUUAGGCAUGAGAAUAGUUUAAAGGACCAUGAAGUUGUUCAUACAAAUGGGACACUUCAGUGUGAAGUAUGUAAUAAGUCAUUUAGUCGUAAGUCUACUUUAAAAGUGCAUGCAAAUAUUCAUACAAGAGUGAAACGUUAUACAUGUCAGAUAUGUAACAAAUCAUUCAUACACAAGAGUACAUUAAACAAUCAUAUGGUUGUUCACAGAGCGGAGAAACCUCACAUGUGUGAAAUAUGUAAGAAGUCAUUUAACCGAAAGGGUAAUUUACUUAGGCAUAUUUUUAUUCACAUAGGAGAGAAACCAUAUAUGUGCGAAGUAUGUAAUGUAUCAUUUUCUGAUGAGAGUCAUUUAAAGCAGCAUAGGCGUCGUCAUACUGGAGAAAAGCCUCAUGUGUGUGAUGUAUGUAAUAAGCCAUAUUGUAGAAAAAGUAAUUUAAAGACACAUAUGCGUAUUCACACAGGAGAGGAACCUUAUGUGUGUGAAAUUUGUACUAUGUCAUUCAGACAAAAAUGUCUUUUAACUGAGCAUAGGCUAAUUCAUGGAGGACUGGAACCUACUGUGUGA